CACACACACACACACACACACACACACUGCCUCUCUCACACUUCCGCGUUGUGUGUCGCCGUAAAGCAGGAAGCAGUGUAGUAACGUGUGGCAGUCCACGGUCCUGCUGCGGUUCACCUCCAGGAGUCGGGGGUUCGAUGCUGGAAGAAGCUACAUGGAGGCUAAGUGACUGAGUGAGCCCGGAGCAGAGACACCGCAGCGCCGCAUAGCAGCAGGAUGCCAGCCGGAGUGUGUGGCUGCUGUGGGCCCCUGAGGCCGAGGUACAAGCGCCUGGUGGACAACAUCUUCCCUGAGGACCCCAAGGACGGCCUCAGUAAGUCCGACAUGGAGAAGCUCACCUUCUACGCCGUGUCGGCUCCAGAGAAACUGGACCGGAUCGGGUCCUACCUGGCGGAGCGGCUGAGCAGAGACGUCGUGCGACACAGAUACGGGUACGUGGUCAUUGCCAUGGAGGCUCUGGACCAGCUGCUGAUGGCCUGUCACUCCCAGAGCAUCAAGCCCUUCGUGGAGAGCUUCCUGCAAAUGGUCGCCAAGCUGCUGGAGUCCAGGGAACCGGACCUGCAGGUGCUGGGAACCAACUCGUUUGUGAAGUUUGCCAACAUUGAGGAGGACACGCCCUCCUACCAUCGCCGCUACGACUUCUUCGUGUCUCAGUUCAGUGCCAUGUGCCACUCCAUGCACGACGACCCUGAGACCAGAACCAGGAUCCGAGUGGCGGGGAUCAAGGGGCUGCAGGGCGUGGUGAGGAAGACGGUGAACGACGAGCUGCAGGCCAUCAUCUGGGAGCCGCAGCACAUGGACAAGCUGAUCCCCUCCAUGCUCUUCAACAUGCAGGACAGCGACGACCUGGACAGGGCGGGGCACCCCGGCACGCCGUCGGGGGCGGGGCAGGACGGCGAGGAGAACCCGGCGUCGCUGGCUGAGAGCUGCUUCAGAGAGCUGCUGGGCCGGGCGGCCUACGGCAACAUGAACAACGCUGUCCGGCCCGUCUUAGUGCACCUGGACAACCACCACCUGUGGGACCCCAACGAGUUUGCAGUGUCCUGCUUCAGAAUCAUCAUGUACUCCAUCCAGGCGCAGCACUCCCACCACGUCAUCCAGCAGGUGCUGAACCACCUGGACACUCACAAGAAGACGGCUCCACGGGUCAGAGCCGGCAUCGUGCAGGUGCUGCUGGAGACGGUGGCCAUCGCCGCCAAAGGCUCCGUGGGUCCCACGGUGCUGGAGGUCUUCAACACUCUCCUCAAACACCUGAGGAUGAGCGUGGACUUCGAGAUGGGCGACAGCUCGAGGAGAAGCUCCUGCGUCAGCGUCUCGUCCGGCCGCGGCAAAGAGAGCGAGGAGCGGAUCGUCCAGAACGCCAUCAUCCAGACCAUCGGCUUCUUCGGGGGGAACCUUCCAGACUACCAGCGAGCGGAGGUCAUGAUGUUCAUCAUGGGCAAAGUGCCGGUGUACGGAACCCCCUGCCACACCAUGGACACCAGCAAGAUCGGGCAUCAGGGAACCAAGAGGAUCCAGGCCAUGCUGCUCAGCUCCCUCAUCAUGGUGACCUCAGGCUUCAAGUCCAAGUCCAUGGCGGCUGCUCUGCCUCACCCCUUCCUGGACCCGCUCUUCUCCAUCUCCCUGAUGGAGGACAGCGAGCUGAGGCAGCUGGUGCUGGAGAUCCUGCUGAACAUCAUCGACCGCCACGACAACCGGGCCAAGCUCCGCGGCAUCAGAAUCAUCCCUAACGUUGCAGCACUGAAGAUCAAAAGAGAAAAGAUUUCCAAGCAGGACGUGGCCUUCAUGAAGAAGCACGGCCAGCAGCUCUACCGUCACAUCUACCUGGGCUGCAAAGAAGAGGACAACGUGCAGAAGAACUUUGAGCUGCUCUUCACCAGCCUGGCCAUCCUGACCAUCGAGCUGGCCAACGAGGAGGUGGUCAUCGACCUCAUCCGCCUCGCCAUCGCCCUGCAGGACAUGGCUCUGGCCAACGAGGAGAACAUGCCCAUGUUCAUCCGCUGCGGCGUCAUGGCGCUGGUGGCGGCGUAUCUCAACUUCCUGAGCCAGAUGAUCGCCAACCCGCCGUUCUGCCAGCACGUCAGCAAGGUUGUCGAGUUGAGGAACAUGGACGCUCCGUACCUGCUCCCAGAGCACGUCUUCAGAGACAAGUGUGUACUCCCUGAAUCUCUGGACAAGGACGACAGGCUGUUGUACUUCCAGGUGUCGGACAUGGCCGAGUGUCUGGCAGGACCAGGAUACAACGCCGAGCGGCUGUCCGUCCCCUACGUCCCCCAGGUCACAGAUGAAGACCGUCUCUCCAGGAGGAAGAGCAUUGUGGACACCAUCUCCCUCCAAGUGGACAUCAUGUCCAACAGCCUCCCAGACAAGUCUCAGCUGGCCGAGGAGAUCACGUUCGAGACUCUGAAGAAGGCCAUCGACACCACCGGGGUGGAGGAGCAGGAGCGGGAGAAGAGGCGUCAGGUGAUAGAGAAGUUCCAGAAGGCUCCGUUUGAGGAGAUCGCCGCUCACUGCGAGUCCAAGGCGAACAUGCUGCACGACCGGCUGGCGCAGAUCUUCGAACUCACGAUUCGACCUCCUCCCAGCCCGUCCGGAGUGGUUUCCAUCUCAGCGGGACACACCGAGCACCAGUCCGUCCCCGUGUACGAGAUGAAGUUUCCAGACCUGUGUGUGUACUGAUCAUCAGCGACACACACACUCACACACAAGCGCAGCUCCACACGACAGCUGAAACGCACAAUGCAAAAUUAGAAAUGCUGAAAAGCCACAACACAAUCUGUCCUGCAGCAAAACGCCCAUUCGGACUUUGAGGUAAAGAAACGUGAAACUUCUUCUUCCUCCAAACCUGAAUGUUCUGGUGACGCCACAGAGCAUCGAACCUGAAACCAGCAGCAGCUUGAGAUUCCAGUGACUCUGAUGAUUCUGAGUCCUUCACCCUCUCACGUGUACAUAUGCUCCAGCCUCACAUUCAGCUCCUGUACCAACAGUCUCAGUCUCAAGUGAAGCUGGUUCUCGCUGUAAAGCUUCUUCUUAAUCAUAAUAAUAAUAAUAUCUGCUCUUGUCCGUCGGCCUCUUACAAGUAGAAAUGCAAAACGUGUGCUUGGUCCUUCCCAGUGAAACGUCCUGGUUCUGGUUCUGCUGCUGGUUCGACCUGUUCGCUCAGUCUUUGCUUUUUAAAUGUGAAUAAGCAGAAAUGAGUUCAACAAGCAGCUCCGUGUGGAACUGAGGUGAACUGUGAGUUACCGCUCAGCAAAGAGACUCACGAACAAAGAGCCAGCGGGGGUGAGAGAAAAGGAUUCUGGGAAUCUUCUGAUUUCUUAUUCUUGUGAAGUAGCUCAUGUAAAAGAUUUUAAAUUGUAGUUGUCGUCAGCGAGUAUCGUCAACUGUCUCGAACGUUGAGUUAGAAUCUUCUCUUAUUUCCCAGAUUGGAUCAAAUAGACACGAUGGUGAGAACGAGAUGUAAAGAACAAACCACUUCAUCGUCUUCCAGCUCCCGUUUGUGUUUCAUUCAUAUCAUGAAGAGACUUCAGCCUGGUGUUUCUGCGUAUUAACACUUUGUGAUAUCAAACAACAUGAGACAGGAAACUGUCUCAUCGUCCUUCAGACUUUGAGUGUUCUUUUAAAUCUACGAUUCAACCAGCGACUUUAACUCCUCUUUUCUCUUUAGACAGUUUUAAAAACCUCCAAUCUCAAACAUUUAUCUGAGUUUCAUUCCACAAUAAAAGCAGCAGCUGGAGCCUGGUACUAUUUACUGUAUAUAUAUAUACAUAUAUAACUCUGAUAAAAUACAUUCUGUAGGAUUUAAUCAUCGGUGCUGUUCCAACAUCUACCACAAGGUCGUGCUUUUAUGUUGAAGGAGACGUUGUUGGAGUGAGACCCUUCAUAUCUGGAGCUGCAGCUGUGAUGUGGAACAGAUGGUUAUCAGUGUUUCCUCUGAUCUGAGCUCAGUGCUGGAGGCGGAGACCUGCUGCCGGAGCAGGUUGAAGGUCGGACAGAGCAGGUUGAAGGUCGGCCGGAGCAGGUUGAAGGUCGGCCGGAGCAGGUUGAAGGUCGGCCGGAGCAGGUUGAAGGUCGGUCGGAGCAGGUUGAAGGUCGGUCGGAGCAGGUUGAAGGUCGGCCGGAGCAGGUUGAAGGUCGGUCAGAGCUUCCUCUGGUUCAGAGACGACUCGUUCGUCCUCGACACAAAGACGUGAGCAGUUGUUUGGAUCCUGAAUGAGUUGAUGAACGAAGGAGAGAAGAAUGAAUGAAAGAGGAGAUUGAGAGACGUGAUGCAGCUUUGAGGACGUGAACGUUUCAGGUGGUUUCGUAUGUUUUCUAGUUGUUGAGCGCACGUUGUGUUAGAAGUCAGACGUGGACUUGAACAUUAAACAGGAGCCUGAUUAUCUGGUGACGUGUCCGAUCAGGUUUCUCAGAGAGUCUCUCGUGGACCUCGAUGAAACGGAUCAGAAUUAUUCACAGGACAUGGACGAGUGUGUGACUUGAUGCAGCUGAAUGGAGGCGAGUGUAGGGACGUGUCAGAGGAACCAGAUCUGCUCGGUGACGUUCUAGUGUUCGUAGAUGAUCUGGACAGCUCAGCCGAUCGACCUUCACACACUGAGAUCUUUACCUGUCAGAGGUCAGAUUCUGAAUCCUGACACAGGCUCCAGGUUGAAUCCAGGUGAAGAGUGUUUGAGUUCCUCAGCUGGAGACGUGAUGUUUGUUCUGGAGAUUCUGUGCUCUGAGGGAAUCGUCUGUUGACUUGUAGAGUUUCUUUAUGAAGCGAGUGGUCGAACAAAAGAAAAAUCUCUUUCUACGUUUUCCUCUAAGGUGUAAAACUCUUCUGGUCCAACAGCGUGAAGCCUCGUGUGAAGUCUCAGACUCAAAGCUGCACCUGGAACUGAUUUGAAUCUUGAGUUCAGGGCGUCGACCUCUGAUCAGGAGCUGGGAUUAUAUAUUUUUAAAAGAUUCAUCGAAGAACAAUUAUUUCAUUGACUUGAUCCAAAAUCUGAUAUUUCUUCCAAAAAAUGUAUAGAAUUGAGCCGGACAGAGAAAAACAUCAUUUUGUAUGAAAGUGAAUUUGUUUGAAGAACAAUUCGUUUCCUCAGCUGAACAGCAGAUGAUUGGUUUGUUGGGAUGAGGCAGGAACACGUGACCACUUCCUGUGAACGGGUCAUUGAAGCUGCUUAUCAUAUAUUUUUCUACAUUUUAUGCAUCACGUGUUGUUAAAUUGUUGCCGGGUAGAGAUUUAGAUAUCGGGAGUUGGAUUCCAAAAACCAGAUUCUGGUUGAUUUAGUUUCUGGAUGUUUAUCAUGAGAUCGACGAUCAGGGUUUCAACGGGUUCGAGCCUCAACGAGGGAGAAACGUCCACGUUGUGACAAAUAUGACUUGAUUUUUUUAUUGUAGAAUGCAUGUGAUUAAAGUAUGAUUAAAAUAAAGUAUGGAUUAUAUGUCA